AUGAUUCCUUUCUCCACCCUCUUCUUCCUCCUCUUCCUCACUUCCGCCGCCGCCGCCGCCGCCGCCGCCCCAGGAGGAUUCGGCAACCACACUUUCGAAUUCGACUUCCCUUCCUUGUCCAUCCGCAACCUCACCCUCCUCGGCGACUCCUACCUCCGAAACGGCGCCGUCGGCCUCACCCGCGACGUCACCGUCCCGACCUCGAGCUCCGGCACCGUCGUCUACAACGAACCAAUCCCCUUCUCCGACCCGGAAUCCGCCCCGCCGUCCGCCGCGUCCUUCUCGACCCGAUUCACUUUCUCCAUCGGCAACGUCAACCCGAGCUCCUUCGGCGACGGCCUCGCCUUCUUCCUCUCCCGAGACAACGACACCCUCGGCAGCGCCGGCGGGUACCUAGGCCUCGUCAACGCCACCCAGCUGACCAAGAACAAGUUCGUCGCCGUCGAAUUCGACACCCGGGUCGACCCCCACUUCGCCGACCCGAGCGAGAACCACGUCGGGCUCGACAUCGACAGCCUGAUUUCGGUCGAGACGGCGGAUCCCCUGUCGCAGGGGAUCGAUUUGAAGAGCGGCGAGCAGAUCACCGCGUGGGUCGAUUACGACCACGUUGCUGAAAUCUUGGAUGUCUUCUUGAGCUUCUCGAUUUCCCCCAAACCGGAAACCCCUCUUCUCUCCGUCGACGACGUCGACCUCUCCGAGUACUUGCGAGGGAACGUGUAUGUUGGAUUCUCCGGGUCGACAGAAGGUUCCACGGAGCUCCACUCGAUUCACAGCUGGAGCUUCAAUUUGACCGGAGAAGGAGCUCUGCUGAUACCCAGAUCGACGAAUCCCCCACACAACGUCUCCGACAAUUCGAUCACCAUCCCCUCGCCGGAGAUUCCAUCUUCCGAUUCGGGAAACAAGAACCACAAGAAGCUCGGGUUGGGGCUGGGAAUCGCCGGUCCGUCCUUCUUCUGCGCGUGCCUCGUGGUUUUCGGGUUCAUCUCGGUCAAGAAAUGGCAGAAGACGAAAGGUGCGGAGAAAGCAGAGCAGCUGGUGGCGGCAGGGAGGCCGAAGGAAUUCAAUUACAGAGAGCUGAAAUCGGCGACGAGAGGGUUCCAUUCCAGCAGAAUCAUCGGGAAGGGCGCGUUCGGUAACGUCUACAAGGCCUUCUUCGUCUCCACGGGGACAAUCGCCGCCGUCAAGAGGUCCAAACACGCUCACGAGGAAGGGAAAACAGAGUUCCUCGCCGAGCUCACCAUCAUCGCCGGCCUCCGCCACAAGAACCUCGUCCAGCUCCUCGGAUGGUGCGUGGAAAAGGGCGAGCUCUUAUUAGUCUACGAGCUCAUGCCACACGGCAGCCUCGACAAAGCCCUCCACCACGACGGCGGCGGCGGAGGAGUGCUCCUCUCGUGGGAACAGAGGCGAAACGUCGCCGUCGGUCUAGCCUCCGCCCUGACGUAUCUACACCAGGAGUGCGAGCAGCAGGUGAUUCACAGGGACAUCAAAUCGAGCAACGUGAUGCUGGACGCGAAUUUCAGCUCGAGAUUGGGCGAUUUCGGAUUGGCGAGGCUGAUGGACCACGACAAGAGCCCUGUUUCGACCCUGACGGCAGGGACGAUGGGGUAUCUGGCGCCGGAGUAUCUCCACUACGGCAAGGCGACGGAGAAGACGGAUGUGUUCAGUUAUGGAGUCGUGUUGCUUGAAUUGGCCUGCGGGAGGAGGCCGAUUGAGAGGGAGGCGGAGAGCCAGAGGAUGGUGAAUUUGGUGGAUUGGGUUUGGGGAUUGUACGGUGAAGGGAAAGUUUUGGAAGCUGCUGAUGAGAGGCUCAAGGGGGAGUUUGAGGUUGAGGAUGUGAGGAAGAUGCUGAUGAUUGGAUUGAGCUGUGCGAAUCCGGAUAGCGGCGAGAGGCCGACGAUGAGGAGAGUGCUUCAGAUGUUGAAUGGGGAAGUUGAAGUUAAGGCUGUGGCUAAGAGUAAGCCUACUCUCACUUUCUCCUGUGGGUUGAGUCUUUCUCUUGAGGAUAUUACCUCUGACUGUGAAUAG